CUAUCAAACCUCAUCUUGUUACUAUAAUUAAUUUUUUUUUUGGCAGACUAAUUUCACUUUCCUGUAUAUAAAAAUGAACCGAGUAUCAAAAACAGAAUAUUUAAAAAAGACCAUUUUGCCUUUAGAUUCUAAUUUUGGUUUGGAACAACACAAGAUAGCAUUAACAGUAUGGCCAAGUUCAAAUUUGAUCUCAAGACGGCAGGUGAUUUGCUUGUAUUGGCUGGAGCAGGUCUCUCGGUGUAUUAUUUAUUAAACCAUAUCUUGAAUGAGUAUGUUGAUUCUUCCGUGAAACAAUCAGAAGCAGGAAAGAAGAGUAAAAGUGUCCUUAAAAGAAUUCAAGCUAGUAAUCCCCAACUCAAGAAUGUAACAUUCAAUCAAUAUGAAAAGACAUUGUUAAGUUCGUUGGUUACACCAGACGAGAUAGAUGUGACGUUUGAAGAUAUUGGUGGAUUACAAAACAUUAUAAAUGAAUUAAGGGACGCUGUGAUCUUACCAUUAACUAAACCAGAUUUAUUUGCAUCCCAUUCUGCUUUGAUUCAAUCUCCUAAGGGGGUUUUAUUUUAUGGUCCACCAGGAUGUGGGAAAACUAUGUUGGCCAAAGCUAUUGCUAAAGAAAGUGGAGCUUUUUUCUUACUGAUUAGAAUGUCUACUGUAAUGGAUAAAUGGUAUGGAGAAUCAAAUAAAAUAACAGAUGCUAUAUUUUCGUUAGCUAAUAAAUUACAACCUUGUAUUAUAUUUAUUGAUGAGAUAGAUUCAUUUUUAAGAGAUAGAUCAUCUAGUGAUCAUGAAGUCAGUGCUUUAUUGAAAGCAGAAUUCAUGACUUUAUGGGAUGGUUUAAAAUCAAAUGGAAGAAUCAUGGUAAUGGGUGCUACUAAUAGAAAAAGUGAUAUUGAUGAAGCUUUUUUAAGAAGAUUACCCAAGACAUUCCCAGUUGGUAAACCAGAUGCAUCACAAAGAAGAUCAAUAUUCGAAAAGAUUUUACUUAAUGUUGAAUUAGAUGAAAAUGAUUUUGAUUUAGAAUAUCUUAUUGCCAAAACUAAAGGUUAUAGUGGUUCAGAUAUAAGAGAAUUAUGUCGUGAAGCUGCCAUACACUCCAUUAAAGAUUAUAUUAGAGAUAAUUAUGAUCAUAAAACUAAACAAUUAAGUAAUGGAACAGUAGAUAGUUUACCAGUUAUACCAUUAAAGACUACGGAUUUCAUCAGAACUGCAAACACUACCAUUCCAGCAUCAACUAUUGAUUAGAUAUUGUGAUAGAUUGUAUUUAUAGGCACAUUGCGACUAUUUAUUAAUUAGGUUUAUGAACCCAAAGUAUAUAGAACCUCAUCAAUAUUAAGUUUAAUUUUAGCAGCUAAACUUGUAAACCCCCAUAUGUUCUAAAUUUGGAGCAAUAUAUAUUUAACUAUGGGGAUUUGGAGUUACCCGGACAAUUGGUCCUAAUGAGAUGUACGCUUAGUGAAAAAUUUUGAUGGUAAAUACAUAAUACUAUUCUUCCUUUCUUUCUUUCUUUCUUUCUUUUACUAUUUCAUUUCAUUCAUCCAUUCCCAUAACAAAGAGGAUAAUCAUUGUAUAGUUGUAUAACUGUUCAAUAUAUAUGGUUUCUAUCUAACCCAUCUGAUCAAAUUUGUACUAAUGUUUUUGAGCAGCCAUAAUUAUUAUUUCUUCCUCGAAUACCAUUUGCAAAAAGGUAUACCAAACAUCUAACGACAUCUCCAUU